ACCUCAACUGACUUCACUGACUUCAUCCAUCAACCAAUCAAUCAUACCUGCCUGCGUAGGGUAGCUGCGAAAUACUGACCUACCUACCUAGCUGACGAGGCACAUCGCGGCAACACAUAACGUCUUCAACAAGGGGUUUCCCCAUUUGAGUCAUCUCCAACUUGGGAUUUUGAGGCGUUUGAGACUUCCACUUAUUCAAGGGGGAUGUAUGCUUGCUGAGCCUUUAUUUUCACCAGCACCACCGACUUGAAAUGGACUCGACGAAACGCAUUCAGGACUCAGAAACCUUACCGUGAGCAAUCACACGGCUGGAACCAACUCAACCAUUCUGUCAUCAAGAACUGGUGACCACCACAAAACUCUGUCCAAAUCUCUCAUUUCAUGCUCUUGCGCCUGGGUCGCCCGGGUCUGGUCAUGAAAAGGAAGCUCGACACUUUCCUCAGAGAUAAACCUCUGCAGUCCUCCUUAGCCUCCUCAGCUUCAGCCCCAUCCAAGCGGCCAAACAGAGCCCAGUGCCCGCCUAUCUCAUCAACUAUGGCGACUGCUUCGGUUCAGCUAAAUCCUCGCGAGCAGCAACUUCGACGCCUGCUUCUCGACGUGGCCAAAUCCAUUGACGAGGCCGGCCAUGCUCCCGAGCCCAUCGUGCUGCGCUGGGCUGGCGGCUGGGUCCGUGACAAGCUGCUCAACACUGAAAGCCACGACAUCGACGUCGCCAUCAACGCUAUGACUGGCGUCCCGUUUGCCGAGCACAUGUGUGACUACUGUGAAAAGCCCGAGGCCGUCACAAAGCACAGUAUCGGGCCUGAUGACAUUGGUAGCCUGCACAACGUCGCUCGCAACCCAGACAAGUCCAAGCAUCUCGAGACUGCUAUGGUUAAAAUUUUUGGUCUUGAUCUGGAUUUUGUCAAUCUUCGCAGGGAGACGUACACUGAGGAUAGCCGCAACCCGCAGAUGGAAUUCGGAACCGCCCAGCAAGACGCUUUCCGCCGCGAUGCCACCGUUAAUGCCCUCUUUUACAAUCUGCACACCGACCAGGUUGAGGACCUCACUGGAGGUCUCCAGGAUAUGGCCGCAAAGAUUAUGAGAACCCCGCUCGACCCUUUCCAGACGUUCAUGGACGACCCGCUGAGGGUUUUGCGCCUGGUCCGCUUCGCCAGCCGUCUCCAGUUCACGAUUGACCCCGUAACGCGUCAGUUUAUGGCCGACCCGAGAGUCCUCGAAGCUCUGCGUGCCAAAAUCAGCCGGGAGCGGGUGGGAACAGAGUUGGAAAAGAUGCUUAAAGGUGCCCACCCUCGCGAGUCGCUUCAGCUCAUUGAUGAACUCGGCUUGUACUAUGCUGUGUUUUCCGACCCAACCAAGGAGACCACGGCGUCACCAGAUAUCUCCAAGUGGCAUGUCGCGUACGAGUGCCUGGACAAACUGAUUCAGGACAAAACGCCGGAUUCUAUUGGUCAUCUGCUGAUCCACAACGAAGAUGGCUUCUACUGCUCUUGGAACCUGGCCGCUGUUUCUCCCUGGAUGACUGUGGAUCAUCCGCCAAACCCCAAGAGAAAGGCAAAUGCUCCGCCACCUGUCGCAGUAGCCGCUCGAGAAGGCUUUAAGGCCCCUAACAAACUGACCGAUAUAAUCACCGCCUCUUACCGCAACCGCAGCGAGAUCUUGUCUCUGAAAAAGGCUGUAUGCAGUCGAGAGGCCUUUAUUAACGAGCGAGAUAGAUUUGGCAUGGCUAUCCGGAGAUGGGAUGCACAAGUGGGUUCCUGGAGACUUCAGGUCCUGAACGCCAUCUUGGUCGAAGUUAUGGAAGUUCUUCAGCAAUGGUCAUCGGAAGACGCAAAGGGGCAGACAGAGUUCCUUGCCGGGUGGAAAGAUUUCCUGGACCACCUUGCCAAGCUAGAUGUGCUUGAGGCUCCUUCGCUAAAGCGCCUACUUGACGGACGGCAGCUGGCAAAGGCGCUGGGAACAAAGCCAGGUAUAUGGACUGGCAAGGCGCUUGACGUAUGUGUCGCAUGGCAGCUGCGCCACCCCGAGGAGAAUGAUCCGGCGGGCGCGAUUGAAGAAGUGAGGCAGCGGCGGGAAGAGUUGGGGAUACCUUUGCCUUGAUCAACUCUGAGGAUUUUGAUACCAUUAAAAUGGUCAAAUUCUAUGUUAUCAUCUCGCAACCAGGUGUGCUCAGUGUAGGAGUAGGUCGUCUGCUGCCUGAGCGAUCAUUCACUUUAAAAUAUACGUUAUACCAGUGUAAGCGAGUGAAUUGAGAGGUACAAAUUAGGAAA